GGUCUACAUCCAUCCCUGAAUGUCGUCGGGUACUGUUAACUUCCCCGCCAUUCUUGUAACUGUCACUUGUAAUCUGUGCAGGUGCGUCCGCACCCCCUUGAGUGGAAGAGAAGGAAAGGAAUUCUCGGAGCAAUCCCCCAGGUUCUAGACCCAGGAGUCAACUUUCCYGUAUGAGCAUUCGAUAGGUCGUCUGGGGGUUUGCCGCAGUUCAUUGAUGUACUUACACACUAGGCUACCCUUUUCCGAAAGCUCCGCGGGACCACCUACCACUAGUCUUCGGCCGAAGGGUUUUAUUGCACAAAAACUGGGACACAGGCUCCCGAAGAGGGAAGCCCAACGAAUGUCAGAUGCAAAGCCCCRCACCUCAUUAAGAUCAUAUUGGCAUACUCUCCCACAAAAGAAAGAGCAGACCCUAUUGAAGACGAGAGUGAGGUACAACAAGGCCAUUUCUCUCCACCGCCCUUCUCAUGGAACCGUACGUGGACAUUACCGCUCAUACAGCUCCCAGCCAGCAAGAGUUAGCCUUCCUCUACAAGGAAUGGARGUGUGGGUGAAUCGACAUCAAAUAGAAGUAUUCGCUUUUUCUUUUCAGCAAUAACAUGAUAAGGUGGAUCUGGACGAGAAUGAAUCUGGUAAUCCAGGACAUACUCAUCCUGUAGCUUAUGCUCUCCUCUGGGGAGGGGGUUUUUAUAGAGAGAGGUAAGUCGAGGGUAGCCUC